UGACCAGCACAGAAUUUCACUGGCCUUGAGGCCCCUAGUCUGAUUGAGUUUGAGACCCCUAGUCUGAUUGUUGUCUGAACCUUUAUUUUGAAACUAAUGAAUUUCCGGGUCCGUGUUUGAAAUCGUGGAGGGAAAGUGUCCGUGAUGGGAUCGAGUGAAUAAAACUACGCGUCCCAAAUGUAGCUAAAUACACACAUUACUAGUCUAUAAACAACUCAGAGUUCACAAAGUGUCGACGUCUCGGUUUUCACACACUGUGGGAGUCGCUGCGUGAUGUCGGGAGUAGCUGAACAGUCUGGACGGUCUCUGGUUUUCUUCGACCUGGAGACGACAGGACUGGGUCAGAGUUGUGACAUCAUCCAGCUGGCUGCAGUGAGCGGAGGUCACUCACUCAACCUCUAUGUCAUUCCUCGUUCUCGAAUGCAGCAAGGAGCAGCCAAAGUGACUGGUUUCAGGGUUCGCAGACAGAGGCUGUACCUCCAUCGCCAGCUUGUCCUCACCAACUCUCUGCGGGAGGUCCUUGUUUCCUUCAUAGCUUUCCUUCAAAUGCUCAGACGCCCACUUCUCAUUGGCCACAACAUUCGUCGCUUCGACUGUCGCUUUCUGUACCGGGCUCUGGAUGAACUGGACCUCAGAGCAAAGUUUGAGUCAUCCAUCUCGGGCUGCGUUGACACUCUACCACUUGCCCGUGAGGUGCUGAAGGACCGCUGCCUCCAGAGUUUUCGACAGGAGAAUCUGGUGAAGGAGCUAUUGGAUGUGAGCUACAAGGCUCACGAUGCUUUGGAGGAUGUGCGGGCAUUGCAGGCUCUUUAUACUGUGCUACAGCCCACACAGGAGUUAGUUUGGAAGCACAUGUUUACUCCGGACACAAUGAAAAACAAGCCAGCUGUGACAGUUGCCAAAGCUAACCUCCCCAGUAUGACGUCAGGACACAACCCACUGUUGGGGCAUUUCCCACAGGCGAUGAAGAAUGGCCACUGUACUAUGACCUCUGACAUCAACAAGGCAUUUUCACCCAGAGAACUGCUGCUCACUGGAUAUUUUCCUAAUUUUUGAACCAUUCUCUGUAAAACCUAGAGAUGUUUGUGUGUGAAAUUCUGAGUAGAUCAGCAGUUUCUGGAAAACCUCAGACCAGCCCAUCUGUCACCAAUAACGCUGCCAUGUUCAAAGUCAAUUUAAUCACCUUUUCUUCCUCCAUUUUGAUGCUCAGUUUUGACAAUAAGAGGUGCUGCCAUGUUAUUGAAUGAUGGAUAUUUGUGUUAACAUGUAGUUGAAAAGAUGUACCUAACAAAGUGACCGGGGAUUGUAGUUUCCAUCAAUAAGUUAUCAGACCAAGACUUUUACCAUAAAAUACAAUAAACAAAUGAGAUCUAUCAACCUCUACGUGAAGCCUUUACACUUGAGCCUACAAUUCUCCUUGACCUUGCUUAUUUGAAGUCUGUAAACAUCAGAUUGACACCCUUUAACGAGAGACCACCACUGUGAAUCUGUUACACUUGCUGUAUAUACUGUAUAUAUAGAUCUGCACAUUUUUAUUUGAGGUAAAUAAAAUUGCUAAUAAACAUA